AUGGAAACCAACACUCUACCCGUCGCCGACCCGGCCAUUUUCCCCACUCCCCCAGAGGAAGAUCACUUCAACCUCAACGAAUUCAGCGGCGCCCUGUCUGAAGCUAGCGAUUCAUCGCCGCAAAAAUCCUCGACGGCUGAACCUUUCAAUCCUGCUCUGGGUCAUCCCUCCCUACACAUCGUCGAAGUAUCCGAGAGUCACCAAACGUUUUCCGACCAGCCCAGAGAUCAGUGGCUCGAUCGCUCCAUCUGCGAUGUCUCCCCUCGCCUGAUACCUGCCCCCGACUUUGCCACCCUGUACGGUGUGUUACGCGUAGCUACGUCUACCCGCAGCGUACAAGUGAUAGAUGGGUUUCACGUCCAGGAGUGUCGGGGAUACUACUCGCUGCGCGUCACGCCCAUCUUCGAGGGGUUUACGCUGCUUUACGUCGUGCUGGAGGCCCACAAUGUCACCAAGGACUACAUCCAGUCGGUAGGCAACCGCAACGCUUACCUGAGCGAGACGUACAAGAUUCUGCUAGACACGGUUCGAGACUACGCUAUCUUUAUGCUGGAUACUCGCGGGAACAUUGCCACGUGGAAUUCGGGAGCGGCGGUCAUCAAAGGAUACUCGGCCUCAGAGAUCAUCGGGAAGCAUUUUUCGGUCUUUUACGGCGAGGAAGACCGGGCAUCGGACAAACCGGGAAGGGAGCUGGAUGUAUGCCUGCGCGAAGGCAAAGUGGAAGACGAAGGAUGGCGGUAUCGCCAGGAUGGGUCGCGCUUCUGGGCCAACGUGAUGAUCACUCCAAUCUACCAAUUUGGCCGACAUGUAGGUUUCGUCAAGGUGUCCCGCGAUCUGACCGAGCGCAAAGCGGCCGAAAGCCGGAUGAUCGCCGCGUUCGAGGAGUCGUCAAAGAUGAAGACAGACUUCCUGGCAAAUAUGAGCCACGAGAUCCGGACGCCGAUGAAUGGCAUGAACCUGGCGCUAGCGAUGCUCACGGACACGGACCUCAACGAGCAGCAGCGGGAGAUGGCGUCCAUCAUUCAGGAUUCGACAUCGGUCCUGCUGGAAGUCAUCAACGACGUGCUGGACUACUCGAAAUUGUCCUCUGGGUCCUUCUCUCUAACCGCCGAUGUGCUCGACAUCAAGGCUGUAUUGGCGGCAGUCACCCGGAAUUGUAAAUCUUCUUUGAAGCCGGGCGUUGAACUGAUCAACUCCACGGCCCCCGACAUUCCUAAGCAUCUUCGUGGCGACCCCUUGCGAUACCGGCAGGUGCUCCAGAAUAUGAUCAGCAACGCCGUCAAGUUCACAGAUCAGGGUUAUGUCAAGGUGGUCACGUCGUGCUUGACAAAGGAGAAGAAUCCGCAAACGUACGAAAUCUUAACCGAGGUAAUCGACACCGGGAUCGGGGUGCCAGAGGAGUCCGCCAGUACGCUCUUCACUCCGUUCACGCGGUUCGCGGACUCGUCCACAAAGAGAUACCAAGGCACAGGGUUGGGCUUAUCGAUCUGCAAGAGCCUCGCCGAACUCAUGGACGGCGCGGUGGGAUUUCGACCCAACCCGGAAGGCCGUGGCAGUGUGUUCUGGUUCACGGCCAAGAUGAACUGUUCGGGUGCGGCCGGAAGGGACGCCCUGCCAGGGACGGUGGCUCAAGAGGAUGCCAAGCAACUCGAGGCGAAGGUAAAGGAUAUCGCUCCCCAGAAGCAACUGUUACUGGUGGAGGACAAUCUGGUCAACCAAAUGGUGAUGCUGCGACUGCUGAAGAAGCUGGGAUUCGAGCGGAUCGACACCGCCUGGAAUGGCGCCGAGGCGGUGCGGUUGGUCAAGCAGACGCCAUUGUCGUACAAUGCCAUCUUAAUGGACAUCACCAUGCCGGUGAUGGACGGGAUGGAAGCGACAACGUGCAUCCGGAACAUGAAAAUCGACGUGCCCGUCAUCGCGCUGACAGGCAACGCCUUGGACGGGGACGAGGAGACUUAUUUGGCCAAAGGGAUGAAUGAUUACCUUGCGAAGCCGGUCCACCGCAAUCAACUCACCCGAACGCUGCUGAAGUGGAUUGGUCCGUGA